CCCGAUCCACCUUGUGGCAUGAAGAUCCUAUUCUCCGCAGUGUUCAAGCCUGGCACCGAGGCGCCCGGCAAGGACGGCCCUGUCAUGCUAUCGCAGGCCGCCGAGCUCUCCUCCCUCGGCUUCUUCCAGCGCAGUACCGCGAAGGAAGUCUUUGUCAUGUUCUCGCGGCAGUUUGCAAAGGCGUCCACGGAGCCAGGGCAGCGCUCGUCCGUCCGGAAGGACGGGUACAUGAGCCACGUGUACCACUCGCCCAUGGGCGUCGUCGCCGUCUGCUUCGCUGACGACGAGUGCGCGCCCGCACCGCCGCCGCCGCCCCACCCCAAGGUGUGCGAGGACUUCGUGCUGGCGGUGCCGCAGUCGCGCGGCGAUUGCGGCACUGCCGACCUGCCGCACGAGGCGCUGUUUGCUGCAAAGCACCAGGAGCUGCUGGUUAAGUUCCAGGACCCGGGGCAGGCGGACCAGCUGACGCAGAUCAUGGCAGAGCUGGAGAAGACCAAGUUGGUGCUCCACGAGACCAUCGAGGCGGCGCUGGAGAGAGGGUGUAAGAUCGAGACGCUCAUCAACAAGUCCAACGACCUGUCGGGCUCGUCGAAGAUGUUCUUCAAGACGGCCAAGAAGCAGAACCAGUGCUGCACCUUCAUGUAGCCCCAGAGGAGGAGGGCGGGGCGCGGCGGCGGCCCCAUGCCCAGGGCCUGGACUAGCCGGGGCUGGCCGGGUGUCGGGACGACACGAGGAGGACGCCCUUACUUAGCAGUGGGUGGGGGCAAGGCGCAGAGGGUGCGCGCGCGGCGCGAGAGGUACGUGGCGAGACGAGAGAGAGUGUCUGGUGUGGGUGGAGGUCGCCACGCGUGUGCUUCAUACUAUGUGGGGAAAAGUCGGCAUCGCCACAGUGCACAGAUAUGAUGGAGAUAUUCGUAUUUGGCAGCACAGC